AUGGCCCGAUUUGUUGAUAUGUUGCCGGUGCUUGGAGCGACCAUAGUGUGCUUUUGUUUUCAUGAAACUUUGCAAUUGGUUCCAUUACCCGACUUCAUCCACCCGUGCGGGGAGUUAACAGAUGAGUGCUUCACAAAGGCCACCAUCGACGCCCUCCCAGGUGUAGUUAGGGGGAUCCCGGAAGCCGGGAUUCCCCCACUCGAUCCUCUGUACCUUGAUAGAAACAUCACUAUGAAUUUACCGGGAAAUGUGAAAAUGACUUUCCACAACGGAAAAUUGUCAGGCUUAAGCACUUGUAUACCAGAAAAAGUAUCAUCACAACGUGCUAAACGAACAUUUAUCUUCGACAUGCAUUGUAAUUUCACCAUCAAGGGACAAUACAGCGUACAAGGUCGAAUCCUUCUUUUCAACCUCGACACUGAAGGCAACGCGAAAAUUAAAAUUUGGAAUCAACAUAUUCACUUGGAAGUCUUAGAGAAGAUCGUUAAAGACAAAGAUGGUGAAGGGCAUUAUAAAAUAAACUCAUAUAAGUACAAGGCCGACUUUGGUUCUGAUCUCAAAUUAAAUCUUACAAACCUGUUCAGAGGAAGCCCACAAAUAAGUGCGAAUAUACUAGAAGUCCUAAACUCAAAUUCUCAAUUAGUAGCCCAAGAAUUUGGCGGUCCCAUCUUGGAUUACGCAAUAGAUUAUGCGAUGAAUGUAACACAAAGGUUCUUCAGCACUUAUACGUAUGACCAGAUCAGUAAAGUGCCACUCACAGAAGAUUUCUUUGAAAAUAAU